GCUACUGGACAUAGUCGGUGGUCCAGAUUUUGAUAAAGUAAGUGACAUUGAGAAAGCGGUGCCGCAGUCAUCGUGUCGUCGAUGAGGCUGGAAGGCGAAGCGCUCGGUGGAUGAUUGGUGAGGUGUUCCACUGACCGCGCCCUCAUUUCGCGCCCAUAGCCGCCACCGGGUGACCGCGCAUAGAGCGGCAGAGCUGCUGUGGCGUUGCAUGCAGGUGGAGCGGCUUGACGCGCUCACACAGCCGUCGACUGCAAGGCAGUGAAAGGGGAGGGCAAACGCCGAAUUUUGCGUCUCUGGAUUAUACAAAAGACAAACGCACAAUUUCCAGUGAGAAGUGGGGAUAAAGCGCGCUCACUUACAGCCACAAACCCAGAGGCCUGGUCAGAGGAUUUGUGGUGGUGACGACUUACUGGUGGAAUGCAGAUGCACUUCUCUAAAGGAAGCUGAGGAUUUCUAGGGAAAGAAAUCAUGUAUUUGACCUACUAUCUACAAAACGAAAAAUACAACCGCAGCAGUAAUCCUACUUUCACCAGAGGAAGUGUUCCUCAAUGGAGUUACUCAGAAGAGAAUCAAGAUGGAGAAUCAAGUGAAAAGAAACUCUAAAAUAUUAGGAGGUUUUUAGAAAACUGGAACCUUGCUAUUUCUGCAGCGCUAUUUUGGAAAGGCCAGAUAAAAUAAUACGCUAGACUGGAAAUAAAUCUCUCCUCUGCAGUGGAUUAAGAGAAACGGAACAUUAGAAAAGGAGGAUUAGGAGCACGCUUGGAAGAUGAUGACACGGAAGUGGAGGUGCAGCGCGAAGUUCUCGCGGGCCUCCGUUUGGCUGGGGCUCAUGGUGGCCAUUGCAGUCACCACGGCUCUGGAGUUCGACGGUCUGCCCGGUCAGUGGGUUCGCUAUGGACCCUGGGAGGCGGGAGCCACCGGAGAGCUGAGCUUCACCAUGAAGACGAACAUCAGCAAAGCUGUGGUGCUGUACCUGGACGAUGGCGGCAACUGCGACUUCCUGGAGCUCUUGAUCAACGACGGCCGUCUGCAGUUGCGCUUCGCCAUCCACUGCGGUGAGCCAGCCUCAUUGCACAUGGAGACACACGUCAACGACGAACGCUGGCAUCGCGUGCUGCUCACGAGGAAUUACCGUGAGACCAUGCUGGCAAUGGACGGGGAGAGCAAAGUGGUGGAGGUGAAGUCCAAGCGAAGGGAAAUGAUGGUGGCUAGCGACUUGUACGUGGGUGGGAUCCCACCAGAUGUGCGUCUCUCUGCCCUCACGUCCAGCACGGUCAAGUACGAGCCGCCUUUCCGAGGCCUGAUCGCCAACUUGAAGUUAGGAGAGACUCCUCCUGCUCUCCUGGACAGUCAGAGCGUGAAGAACGAUCUGGAAUACCUGUGUACUAAACAAAACCCCUGCAGCAACGGAGGACGCUGCUCCAUUCAUGACAGCGAGGUGCUGUGCGAUUGCUCUAAUACUGGCUACAAAGGGAAAUACUGCACUGAAGCUCUCCAGCAAGUUUUGGGAGGUCUGGCGCACCUGACGUUAAAGAGCCAAGCCCCAGGAGCAGCUCCUCUGAUGGCCACUCCUGCAGCAGGUGAUCCAGAAUCAGGCCAAGUGGAGUCAGUGGCCACAUUCAAGGGUAAUGAGUUCUUCAGCUACGACCUGUCCCAAAAGCCAAUCCAGAGCAGCACAGAUGAAAUCACCCUGUCCUUCCGAACGCUGCAGCGAAACGGCCUCCUGCUCCACACCGGCAAAUCCGCAGACUACGUUAACCUGUCUCUGAAAAGUGGGGCCGUGUGCCUGGUCAUCAACCUGGGCUCCGGUGCCUUCGAGGCUCUGGUGGAGCCAUCCGAUGGCAAGUUCAACGACAAUGCCUGGCACGUGGUCCGCGUGUCCCGCAACCUACGUCAGCGCGCAGGGGUUGGACUCCCUACGGUAAACAAACUGCAUUAUAUGGUGACGAUAUCGGUGGACGGCCUGCUGACAACCACUGGCUACACCCAGGAGGACUACACCAUGCUGGGCUCAGAUGAUUUCUUCUACGUGGGCGGCAGUCCAAACACAGCAGAUCUGCCCGGCUCCCCUGUGAGCAACAACUUCAUGGGCUGCCUUAAAGAUGUGGUCUACACCAAUAAUGAGUUCAGACUGGAGCUCUCCCGCCUGGCUGAAUUGCGUGACCCCAAGGUCACCCUCCACGGUGACCUGACCUUCCGCUGCGAGGAUGUCGCCGCGUUAGACCCCGUCAGUUUCGACACGCCGACCGCUUACGUAACCCUUCCGCGCUGGAACACCAAGAAAACCGGUUCCGUGUCCUUCGACUUCCGAACCACCGAACCCAACGGCCUCCUGCUGUUCAGCCACGGCCGGCUGCAGGGUUCCAAAGACCGCAGACCAAAGGUUGACUUCUUUGCCAUGGAGCUGCUUGAAGGCUUCCUCUACCUGCUCAUGGACAUGGGCUCCGGGAGCAUCAAGGUCAAAGUCGGGAACAAAAAGGUCAAUGACGGAGAAUGGUGCCAUGUGGAUUUCCAGAGAGAGGGCAGGAAAGGCUCCAUCUCCGUUAACGGCCGUAGCAUGCCUUUCUCCACCAACGAGGGCAGUGAGAUUCUGGAUCUCGAUGGUGAAAUGUAUCUGGGAGGUCUCCUGGAGGACAGCGGCAGUCUUCCUCUCCCCCCAGAGGUGUGGACCGCCCCCCUCAGGCUGGGCUUUGUGGGUUGCGUGAGGGAUCUCUUUAUAGACGGGCGCAGCAAGGACCUGCGGCGGCUGGCAGAGCUUCAGGUGCCUUUCUCCACCAACGAGGGCAGUGAGAUUCUGGAUCUCGAUGGUGAAAUGUAUCUGGGAGGUCUCCCGGAGGACAGCGGCAGUCUUCCUCUCCCCCCAGAGGUGUGGACCGCCCGCCUCAGGCUGGGCUUUGUGGGUUGCGUGAGGGAUCUCUUUAUAGACGGGCGCAGCAAGGACCUGCGGCGGCUGGCAGAGCUUCAGAGCGCUCCAGGUGUCAGCAGCUUCUGUACGAGAGAGACCCAUCGGAGGUGCAGCUCUGAGCCCUGUGCCCAUGGAGGCCGCUGCCGCGAGGGCUGGAAUCGACACGUCUGCGACUGCACUGGAACUGGAUAUCUGGGCCCCAACUGUGAGAUGGAGUCCGCAGUGCUGAGUUAUGAUGGCAGCAUGUUUCUGAAAGUCCUGAUGCCUCACGCCGUUCACACUGAGGCCGAGGACGUGUCUCUGCGCUUCAUGUCGCAGAGGGCUUAUGGUCUGCUCAUGGCCACCACCUCCAAAGAGUCCGCCGACACCCUGCGCCUGGAGCUUGACGGGGGAAGGGUCAGACUCACCGUCAACCUAGAUUGUAUCGGGAUAGACUGUAACCUUAGUAAAGGACCGGAGACUCUGUUCGCAGGGCAGAAGCUGAAUGACAAUGAGUGGCACUCUGUGAAGGUGGUGCGCCGUGGGAAGAGCCUGCAGCUCUCUGUUGACAAUGUGACUGUGGAGGGCCAGAUGAGCGGAGUACAUACGCAGCUGGAGUUCCACCACAUAGAGACGGGCAUCAUGACCGAGCGGCGCUUUAUCUCAGUCAUGCCUUCCAACUUCAUCGGCCACCUGCAGGGCCUCUCUUUCAACGGCAUGCCGUACCUAGACCAGUGCAAGAAUGGUGACAUCUCUUACUGCGAGCUCAACGCCCGCUUUGGCAUGCGCCGCAUCGUGGCAGAUCCCGUCAGCUUCCGGAAUCGAGCCAGCUAUGUGGCGCUGUCCACCCUGCAGGCUUACGCCUCCAUGCACCUCUUCUUCCAGUUCAAGACCACCAGUCCUGACGGUCUGAUGCUGUUUAACUCUGGAGACGGCAGUGACUUUAUCGUGAUCGAGCUUGUGAAGGGGUACAUCCAUUAUGUUUUUGACUUGGGCAAUGGGCCGUCGCUCAUGAAGGGCAACUCCGACAAGCCGCUCAAUGACAACCAGUGGCACAACGUGAUGGUGUCCCGCGAUGACAGCAAUGUGCACAUGCUCAAGAUCGACUCCCGCAUGGUCACGCAACACUCCAAUGGAGCCCGCAACCUGGACCUCAAAGGAGAGCUGUACAUUGGAGGUGUUGGGAAGAGCAUGUACAACAGUCUGCCCAAGCUCAUAGCAUCGCGGGACGGCUAUCAGGGCUGCCUGGCCUCAGUUGACCUGAAUGGCAGGCUUCCUGACCUGAUUGCAGAUGCUCUACACCAUGUGGGCCAAGUGGAGCGAGGCUGUGAAGCCGGCCCUGGCACAACCUGCACGGAGGACUCGUGCUCCAAUCAGGGAGUGUGUCUGCAGCAGUGGGAGGGGUUUACCUGCGACUGCACUAUGACGACAAACGGCGGUCCCCUCUGCAGUGACCCUGGGACCACAUAUAUUUUUGGGCGAGGAGGAGCACUCAUCACGUACACAUGGGCCCCCAAUGAUCGGCCGAGCACCAGGGCAGACCGUUUGGCCGUGGGCUUCAGCACCCAGCAGAGUGAUGCCAUCCUGGUGCAGGUGGAGAGCAGCCAGGGCCUCGGGGACUACCUGCAGUUGCACAUUGAACAAGGAAAGGUGGGUGUGAUCUUCAAUGUGGGCACAGAUGACAUCACCAUAGAUGAGCCUGCGGUCACCGUGAAUGACGGCAAGUACCACGUGAUUCGCUUUACGCGUAGCGGUGGCAACGCCACCCUCCAAGUGGACAACCAGCCCGUCAUCGAGCGCUUCCCAUCAGGGAACAUUGAUAAUGAACGGCUUGCUAUAGCCAGGCAAAGAAUUCCAUACAGACUUGGUCGGGUAGUUGACGAGUGGCUACUCGACAAAGGUCGGCAGUUGACUAUCUUCAACAGCCAGGCGGCUAUAAAGGUGGGAGGUCAGGAUAAGGGACGGCCGUUCCAGGGCCAGAUCUCAGGCCUAUACUACAACGGGCUGCAAGUGCUAAAAUUGGCCGCCGAGGGGGAUCCGAACGUGCAGGUGACAGGAAACUUGCGUUUGGUUGGAGACGCACCUUCUGUCCUGUCUACAGAGACCACCUCGGCCACUCCUCCAGCUGCGGCGGACAUGUCCACCACCAUAAUGGAGACCACCACCACCAUGGCCACUACCACCACCCGAAGACAGCGCUCUCCCAGCCUGAAAGACAGUAUUACGCAGAACUCAGACGACCUGCUGGUGGCGUCAGCCGAAUGUCCCAGUGAUGAUGAGGAUCUGGAGGAGUGUGAGCCCGGCACUGGAGGUGAACUUGUGUUGCCCAUAAUUACGGUGGACACCCAAGACACCCUUCCCAUAGCCACCCAUUACCCCGCCAUCCCCACCCCUCCCACAUCCCUGACCCCUCUCCAAACCACCAAAGAGUCCCUUGUCCUGUCCGACCCCCGCCCGCCAUGCCCUCCGGACCAGGAGGACUGCGGCGACCCUAUGGAGGUAUCGGCCUUCGGCUCCGGAGAAAUGACGGAGUCCGAUGACGAGGACUUUUACAAAAACUCCCCCAUGGUCACAGACAGGACGGUCCUACCGCCGCCCCCCGCCGUGGGCAAGAGCGGAGGCCAGAGCCCAGGUGACCACCGCCCUCCAAUCCCCGGCCCCACCACUCACCCCAACCAGCUCCACAUCCCCGCAGGCAAAAUGAACACCCGUGACCAGGUGCUCCUGCCGCCAGCCCCGUCCUCCCGUCACACUCCAGGGUUAACCUACCCGCCUGGUUUCCCCCAUGUGCCCACAGCUCACCCCACCGACCUGAUGGAGAAGGGCCACCCGGGCGCCGUGGAGGUAAUCAGGGAGUCCAGCAGCACCACAGGCAUGGUGGUGGGCAUCGUGGCAGCUGCCGCCCUCUGCAUCCUCAUCCUCCUUUACGCCAUGUACAAGUACCGCAACCGAGACGAAGGUUCUUAUCAGGUGGACCAGAGCCGCAAUUCGGGAUCCGAAAGCAACGGCGCCGUGGUCAAAGAGAAGACGCCGAGCACGACCGCGGCCAUCACAAAGACGACCACCAAGGGCAAGAAGAAUAAAGACAAGGAGUAUUACGUCUGAGAGAGACCGAGGAGGAGGAUUUUAAACAUUCAAAUCACCUCCUCUGCAUCCUCAAAACAUUUAAGCCACACAAUCUUCUGUUUACUUCUCCAAACGUUUUUCUGCCACCGAAAGAUACGGACGUAGGGAAUGAGGAAGGAACACUGAGCGAUAGCUCCUCCUUUCGUUUCUGUCUUGCGAAGCCAUUGUUGUAUGUAAUUUUAUCGCUAUCAUGUCUAAAGAAAAUCUUCCAUUACAUUCCAAAUGAUGUAAUGCCCUCUUUGCGAUUAAAAAUUUAUGUUUUGCGUGGGCCGGGCCUCCACGGGAGAGUAACGAAACACCAUGGACAGGGAGAGAAAACCCGCCGGUUUAACAGAUGUCUCCACACACGAGCUUUUGGUGCUAUUCCUGAACGUUUGUUUAAUAUUAUCUUCACAGAGCUAUGAAAUUGAGAUCUUCAAUGAGACGUUCGCUGGCCCUCGUUGUAAUAAUUCAUGAAGAACAGAAGCGAUUGUGUUAGUUAUUUGCACGAGACAAGCAGAUGCUCCCAUCAGUUCUUGUGGAGAUGUUAAAUCUGACACCUUUUUCGAAGGGAAAAAACGUGUUCGGUUGGAAAGGCAGCGGAUAACCACAUCUUCGGUUUCGUUCUCUGAUUGAGCCGAAGAGCUUGAAUUCAUUUCCACUCUGGUACCUUUUGUCAGUGUAGAAAUUAGGAUUUAUCUCUCCGCAAUGGAACACAUGAAUCCAAUUCUUUCUUUGGUGUUUAUCCGCCAUGGUUUCAUAAACAUGUUCUCACUUAGAAUGGCAGAUCAGACGGUGAAGCCUGCUCCACCAGCAGGUGUAGAAGAGCUCAGAAGGUUGUUAGAACUUAAAAAAGCGAAUGAAAGGCAUUCAGUAGGCAUCUCUCUCUCUCUCUCUCUCUCUCUCUCUCUCCAUGGUGCCAAAACAUUGUGAUCUGUUAGGCUUCUAAUUGUGUUCCAUGCAUGAUGUAUUCACAUUCAGCUUUCCAUGGGAGUUUUUUUAUAUGAAAUACAUAAAGUUGAUAACUCUCAUCUCACCCGGAAGGAUUCAUAGCACCAUGGGCGAGCACGACGCGGACAAAAGAGACCUCAGAAAGCGGGACUGUCCUGAAUUGAACAUCAGCUUGGACAAAAGAUGUUGUAUCUAUGUAAAUACAGGACAUUGCUGAAAACGCUACAGGAGACAGGUUUGUGUGUAUCGUGCAUACGGUACGUAUGCGUGUGCGCUUGUGUGUGUGUGUGUGUGUGAGUGUUUGUCCUCGUUCGUCCUCCGGCAUGAGAAAGAUAUACGCAAGACUACGAGAACUCUUUCUCUUGCCUCCUAUAUUCUCUAUGGUGUGAAACUACAGCCCAAUACCCAUCCGAAUGAGACUAGGCAGUGAAGCUAACAGAUUAAAGAGAACGGAGGCAAAAUCAUAUUUUGAGAACUGUGUGGCAUCUCUUCUAGGAGGGAAAAAAAGGAACUCGUUCUCAUCAGGAUGCCAGCUCACCACCUCCCAAACCUUAAAAGAAACUAAAAAGGAGUGAACUGACAAGACUUUUAUGGAUAAAGCAGCACAACCUUGUGUCCAUACUAUUGUAUUUAAGGACACCUCCUGGAAAGGAGGAAAAAAGGAAGAAAAAAAAACACAGUAUACUGUCUAGAUAUUUCUCACAUUUGAAAAUAUGUUUUUUCCUGAGUUGACAUUCCUUGUUAUUACAAAGCGGUUUUUGUUUAGUCCUUUUCUCUGCAAAUGAAAAAAAAAAAAUUAUUCACAAUAUAUAUUACUUCAGUUACACGAAGUGGGGGGGGGGUAAUGUUUUGGGAUUUUAUUGAAUUUGGUAAAAAAAAAAAUUAAGCAUUACACCUAGCCAUACCUCCAUUUUACAUUUGGGUUUUUUGUUACGUCAUUGACAGGGCUUUUUUUCUGUUUGUGUUUUUGUUUUGUUUGUUCUUUUAAGAUAUAAUUGUCAUUUACCUAUGCUGGUCAAAGUAUAUUCCCGUUCUUAAUGUAAUUGUAAAGUGUUACUGUGAGAUGAAAUCUAAAUAUGUGUACAUUGACAGAGGGAAAAAUACACUUG